AUGGCCAGUACAGCGGCAAAGAAGGAGGAGGAGCAGGAGAAGAAGGAGGUGGAGAAGAAGAAGGUGCUGGUGGAGCAGGAGGAGGAGGAGAAGGUGCUGGCGGAGCCGUGCCCCGGAGGAGCAAGGCCGGACCCCGCGCACCGACACGGGGCGAAUGUGGAUAAGCGGGAGGAAAAGAAUAAGGCCACCAACAAGGAGAAGAACAACAGCAACGGGUCACGGGCGCCUACAAAAGGGUCGCGUUGA